UUGCGCACCCUAACUGAUUAAAUAGAUUGUUUCGAUAAAGAGAAUUUUAGAGCUUAAUAUAGAAGAUGUCAUUUCUGCCGAUGCAUCCUCCCCCUGCUGCUGAUGUUCCGGAUAAUGAGGCCAUCUUCAGGUCGGCACCAAUGAGUUUGGUUCAAUUUUAUGUUACGAUAGAAUUGGCAAGAGAUUUGGUUUAUACUUUGGGUAAAUUGGGAAAUGUUCAUUUUAGAGAUUUGAAUUCGAAGUUAACUCCUUUCCAAAGAACAUUUAUUAAUGAGCUCAGGACAAUUGAUGGAAUUCAAAAUAAACUCAAUUCCCUUUUUACAAUCAUGACCAAGUAUAAUACUACCAAGGGAGAUGUCUAUCUGAAUUUGAAGGCCGAUUUAGAGGCAUUCCCAAGUACUUCUGCCAUGGAUGAUAUCAAAGCUAAAGUUAGUGAGUUUCAUGAAAGAAUUGGACAUCUUGAUUCGUCUUAUAAUAAUUUGGAGCAGCAAUCAUUAAAAUUCAUAGAGAAUAGACAUGUUGUCACCACUUUAAACGAUUUUCAUAAAUCCACCUUAUUGGGUGGUCAAGAUGACGCCCAUGAGUUUCGUAUUGAUGAUGAAGACGAUGAGGAUAAUGUUGCUUUAUUAAACAAUAGAAAUCAUAGUUUAGAACUUGCUCAAGAAACUGCUGAUCUUGAAGAAUCUGGAUUCAACUCGAUUUCUGGUACUUUGGCAAGAGAUAAAAUCCCUUUAUUGAGAAAGAUUUUAUGGAGAACUUUAAGAGGUAAUCUUUAUUUCCAUGAUAUCCCAAUUGAAGAAAAAUUAUCCACGUUUAACCCUAAAAAUCCCGAAUUAAUUGAUAAGAAUGUUUUCAUAAUAUACAUUCAUGGGGAAUUUCUCAAGACUAGAGUCAGAAAGAUCAUUCAAUCUUUGGAUGGUAUAAUAUAUGACAAUGUCACUGGUGGUGCUAGUGCCAGGUUUGAAACUUUGAACGAGUUGAAUCGUAAAAUUGAGGAUUUACAUAGUGUUGUUGAUACUACUAAAAAUCAUUUGAUUACUGAAAUUUUGAUUUUUCAAGAAAAUUAUGCCGAUUAUGCUUAUAUAAUUGAAAGAGAAAGACAAAUUUACGAAACCUUGAAUAAAUUUGAUGAAGAUAGCACCAGAAGAUGUUUAGUUGGUGAAGGUUGGAUACCAAAGGCUGAUUUCUUAAAUAUUCGUCAAACUUUGAAAAAUUUAAUACGUGAAAAAACUAGACAGACCCUGCCUUUUCAAACUGACUCUCAGGAAUCUAUUUCUUUGUCAAAUGGUAAUUCGAUUUCUCCUCAACCUCAUGAUCACAAUACUUCAAAUAUUCCCAAUCCCAACACUCUUUUUGCAAUUGACGAUGAUGGUCAAAAUGAUGAUAAUUAUGAUAAUGAUGAAAAUGACUAUAGCUUGAUUGCUGUUGUUAAUGAACUUUCUACUAACCGUACCCCACCUACUUUCCAUAAAACAAAUAAGUUUACUGCUGCUUUCCAAUCGAUUAUUGAUGCCUACGGUAUUGCUACUUAUCAAGAAAUUAAUCCUGGUUUAGCAACAAUCAUCACCUUCCCUUUUAUGUUUGCCAUCAUGUUUGGUGAUUUAGGGCAUGGCUUCAUAGUUACCUUGAUCAGUUUAUAUCUAAUCAUUAAUGAGCGUAAAUUUAAUGCUAUAAGGGAUAAAGAUGAAAUUUUUGAUAUGGCAUUUGGUGGAAGAUACAUCAUUUUACUAAUGGGUGUUUUCUCUAUGUAUACUGGUUUUAUUUAUAACGAUAUUUUUUCAAAAUCAAUGACUUUUUUCAGCUCAGGUUGGAAAUAUGAGUUUCCGGAAGGAUAUGAUUUUUCAAAGGAUGGUGCAAUUACAUUAACUGCAUCUAAAAUUGCUGACAAGGUUUAUCCAUUUGGGUUGGACUGGGCAUGGCAUGGUGCUGAAAAUAACUUAUUGUUCACAAAUUCUUAUAAAAUGAAAUUAUCUGUUUUAAUGGGGUUUGUUCAUAUGAACUAUUCAUUAUUUUUCAGUUUAGUCAACUAUAGAUUUUUUAAAUCAAAAGUUGAUAUUAUUGGUAAUUUUGUACCAGGAUUCUUAUUUAUGCAAAGUAUUUUUGGUUAUUUGACUCUAACAAUCAUUUACAAAUGGUGUGUUGAUUGGAUUGGUACUCAGCGUCAGCCUCCUGGUUUACUUAACAUGCUUAUCAAUAUGUUUUUGGCCCCUGGUAAAAUAGACGAUCAGCUUUACUCUGGUCAAAAAUUCAUUCAAAUUGUUCUUGUAUUAAUAGCUCUCUGCUGUGUACCCUGGUUGUUAUUAUAUAAACCAAUGACUUUGAGAAGACAAAAUAAUCGUGCUAUUGAACUUGGGUACAAAGAUAUCAAUUCUCAAACACAUCAUGAUAUUCAGUUACACGAAGAAAAUGAAGCCUUGAAUCACGAUCAACCGGACGAACUUGAUGAAGUUGACAUGUUGGGCGAUAAUUUCCAUUUCCCUAAUGAUAUUGAACCUUUACAUCAUAAUACUGCCCAUGGUGAUGACGGUGAAGGCUUCAAUUUUGGUGAUAUAGUUAUUCAUCAAGUCAUUCACACCAUUGAAUUUUGUUUAAAUUGUGUUUCACAUACAGCUUCUUACUUAAGACUUUGGGCCUUGUCUUUGGCACACGCCCAAUUAUCCUCCGUGUUAUGGUCCAUGACUAUCCAAAAUGCAUUCGGGUCAACUGGAAGCUUUGGCGUUUUCAUGACAGUUGUUUUAUUUGGUAUGUGGUUUACUUUAUCUGUUUGUAUCUUGGUCCUCAUGGAAGGUACUUCGGCAAUGUUGCAUUCGUUAAGAUUGCAUUGGGUUGAAGCCAUGUCUAAGUUCUUCGAAGGUGAAGGUUAUGCAUAUGAACCUUUCACCUUUGACCAUUUGUAUUAAUUGUCAUCAAUAUCAUUUCAUUUCUAAGGCAGUUUUAGUAUAUGUUUUCUCACAUUUUGCAAUCAUUUUUUUCUCUUUUGUUGACAACUUCUUGAAGUUUCUUUAUCCUUCCUUAUGCAUAUGUACCAUCUCACCAUCUUUGGGUUUUGAUAAAGUAUUCGUUAAUACUCGCGUG